AUGGAUGUAAAAUAUAUUAUCAAUAAAGAUCAAUUGCACCAAGCCAGAAAUAGUGCACUCCACGCUCACGAAAAGUAUUAUAAAGACUUUAGUCAAUUAUUAAAAACAAAUAUUAAUAAUAGACCAGUGAUUGAUAUGGCUAGUGAUGAACAUAAAGCCAAAACACAUAGAGAUGCGAUAGAAGUUUGUAAGAUGGGAGUUUUAGAUGUUAGAGUUAUUCAGAAAGAUCCAAAGAUAUUCUUGUCCUAUUUAACGAGUUUAUCAAGUUGUGAUAUGUCAUUGAUGGCUAAAUUAGUCAUUCAUUUCCAAUUAUUUGGUGGUACAAUCUUAGAGUUGGGUACAGAAGAACACCAUAAUAAAUACUUUCCAGAUAUUAAAACCAUGAGAAUCGUUGGUGGUUUCGGUAUGACUGAAAUGGGACAUGGUUCAAAUGUUAGACAAAUUGAAACAACAGCUGAAUAUGACCAUACUACAAAAGAAUUUAUAAUUAAUUCACCAACUCGUUCAAGUACUAAAUUUUGGAUUGGUAAUAUGGCAAAAUAUGGUACACAUAUUGUUUUAUUUUGUAGAUUAAUUUAUAAAGGUGAAGAUAAAGGUGUACAUGGUAUAGUUACACAAAUUAGAGAUUUAGAUAGUAAAAAUGUAUUUCCAGGUAUUGAAAUUGGUGAUUGUGGUCCAAAGAUCGGUUGGAAUGGUAUUGAUAAUGCUUGGAUUAGAUUUACAAAUUAUCGUGUUCCAAAAGAAAAUUUAUUAAAUAGAUUUGCAAAUAUUUCAGAUUCUGGUGAUUAUACUUGUAAAUUAUCAACACCUGGUAAAUUAUUUCAAGUUACAAUAUCUCAAUUAGUUUUUGGAAGAUUAUUAUAUAUUUGUGGACCAAUUAAAGCAUUAACAAUUACAUUAAGAACCGGUUUAACAUAUGCAUUUAAUAGAAGACAAUUUGGUGAAAAAAAUAAAAUUGAAGAAUUAAUUAUAAAUUAUCCAUCACAUUAUCAAGUGUUAUUACCAAUGUUAAGUCAUUUGGUUGCAUUCGAAUUUGCAAGAGAUUCAAUCAUUGAAAGAUUACUUGAACCAAAAACUACUGAUGAAAGAUUAGAUGAAACAAAUUCAACAAUUAGUGGUGUAAAAGCAUUAGUAAAUGAAUAUACUAUGAUUUAUUUAAAUAAAUUAAGAACUUUUUGUGGUGGUAAUGGUGUAUCAUCAUUUAAUUUAUUUGGAUAUUAUAGAAAUGAAAUGGAUAUUUUUCAAACAGCAGAGGGUGAUGGAGCAGUAUUAUAUCAACAAUUGGCUAAAUUUUUAUUAUCAGAAUAUAAGAAAUGGUAUAAGAAAGAAGGUGUUACAGGAUAUAUAAUUAAAGAGGUUCAAACUUUUUUAGCAACUAGUAAUCCAAUGUAUACUCAUACUAGAUCAAUUCCAUAUAUUCUAUCGAAUGAAUUUCAUCAUCAUGCAUUCCUUUAUAGAUUUGAACGUAUUCGUUCAACUGUAAUCGAGAAACUUAGUCAUUCAAAAUCAAAGAAAUUGACAUUCCUUCAAUCUUGGAAUGAUUCACUACUAUACAUCAUAGAUAUGGCAAAGGCUUAUUCUCAUCUUUACAUUUUAGAACAAAGUCAUCUAGCAAUUAGAAGAUGUCAAGAUCCUUCAACAAGACAUUUACUCAAUGAUUUGAUUAAACUAUAUGCUCUAUCAAAUAUUGAACAAGAUUUUGCUUUCUUUAGAAAUUGUAAUUUCUUAUCCUCUGGUAAAGCAUUUGCAAUAUCUGAUGCAAUCAAAGAACUAUGUAUUGGUAUUAAACCUUAUGCACUUCAAAUCAUUAAUUCUGAUUAUAACAUUUUAAUUGAUCCACUCUUAAAUAUUCCUUUAGCAAAUUUGGAUGGUGAUUAUAUUAAUCAUAUGGCUGAUUGUGUUGGUGUUCCAAAAUCAAAUUUAUAA